UUUUAUGACGAAUAAUUUCGGCGGUGGGGGGCGCAGUUCCAUAUCGAUCCGACCGGAACCCGUUCCAGACUCAGUCGGCCGUCACUUCUCGGCGAGUGAUCGUUCAUCAUGGACAAAGAACACCCACCGGCUAAAAAAUCGAGGGUGAACAGCCAGCUGGCCUUCGCAAUACUCUCGGCAGCUUUCGGCUCAGCUUUCCAGCACGGGUACAACACGGGCGUACUCAACGCCCCUAAAGAGCUGAUUGAAAAAUGGAUUCAUGGGAUCAAAGUCAACAGGUCCCUCGCUAUGGGAGAAACGGGUGAUGUUAGCGAAGAAUCGGUGACGUUGAUCUUCUCCUUGGCCGUAUCGCUCUUUUGCGUCGGCGGGAUGGUCGGCGGCUGCAGCGUUGGUUUCGUCGCAGAGAGGUUUGGCCGCAAGAUGGGCAUAUUGCUCAACAACAUAUUGGUCCUCGUCGCCGUCCUGGCCCAGUCGUUUGCCAAGGCCGCCGGGAGCUAUGAGCUCCUACUCAUCGGACGAUUCGUCAUCGGCGUCAACGCUGGCCUCAGCGCGGGUCUGGUGCCGCUCUACAUCACCGAGAUAUCACCGGUCGACCUGAGAGGGGCCGUCGGGACCGUAUACCAGCUGGUGAUAACUGUGAGCAUCCUCCUGAGCCAGAUCUGCGGUCUUGAGGUUGCCCUCGGGACGGAGGACCACUGGCCUCUAGUAUUCGCCGUGACGGCCGUACCGGCCCUGAUGCAGGUCGUGAUGCUUCCGAUCUGCCCGGAAAGCCCGAAGCACCUCUUAACGCGGGGGCAAGACGAGAAAUCUAACGAAGCGCUGGUCUGGUUGCGAGGCACACUCUCCGUUGAGGACGAAUUCGACGUCAUGAAGGCCCAGGAGGAGGCGGAAAAUAUGACGAAGAAGGUGACCCUUUUCGAGCUGACGAGGAACCCGAGCCUGAGGAUGCCGCUAAUCAUCGCGUCCGUCGUCAUGGUCGCACAGCAGUUCUCCGGCAUAAACGCGGCGAUAUACUUCUCGACUGACAUCUUCAUGAAGGCCCAUCUCUCGGAAAAGGAGGCCCAGUUUGCAACCAUGGGCAUGGGAACGCUCAACGUACUCAUGACGAUCGUCUCACUGUUCCUUGUCGAACGGGCCGGAAGGAAGACCCUACUAAUCACCGGCUUCCUCGGCAUGUUCUCCUCGACGCUGUUCCUCUUCGUCUGUUUGUUCAACUCCGAGAUCGUUGGUUUCUCCUACAUGAGCAUAGCCGCCGUCUUCCUGGUCGUCUUGUUCUUCUCCAUCGGCCCCGGGUCAAUACCCUGGUUCCUCGUUGCCGAGCUGUUCUCACAGCAGGCCCGCCCUGCGGCUACAGGUGUCGCAGUCGUCGUCAACUGGACGGCCAACUUCAUCGUCGGCAUAGGAUUCCUCCCUUUGGUGGCCGAAAUCGGCAGCUGGGUGUUCGUCAUAUUCGCCGCCAUGCAGGUCUUGUUCGCUGUGUUUGUCUACCGAAAGGUCCCCGAGACAAAGAACAAGAGCCCCGAGGAGAUCGCCGCCUACUUCAGACAGACGUCGUACCAAUGAACUCAAGGCCUACCUCACUUAUAUACAUUUUUUUUCUAAAAUAUUUAUGUAAAAAGAAAAAGAUAUUUUUUACCCACAGACCAAACGUUUCACACCCGUGUCCUAUUGAAAGACUGCAUCUGAUAUUGUAUUUUUCUAUUUUUAACAAUUGGACACUACCAUUUAUUUUCUUAAUACAUAAAAUGUUGAAAUAAG